AUGGUCAAGUUGACCAGCGCGUCUUCGCCAGCAACGGUCCCACCUGAAUUCACUCAACGCGUCAAUUUUUUUUUUUUUAGUGAAUCACGCCUCGUCCUCCUGCAGCUUUUCCCUGGAUGGACCAAUAAACCAGGAGUACAAUUUGGAACUUUCAGCGAAUCAACGCCUGUUGAG